ACAUUGACUUCGGGCGUAACUCUGAUGAAACAUGCGACUCAAUGCUUUACUCAGAGUUGUGUGUCAGCAUGGAUAAACUUUGUUUUAACAUUGUAUUGUCAGCUUUCUUUCUACUCAACUGAAAUAUUCGCAUUUCAGAGCUCAGUAAACUUGCAUAAUUAUCGAGUUAAUUUUCUUUUGUUGUUUUAUUUGUCGGCCACUAGUUGCGGCUAGUGCUUUUUAAAAAUGUUUCAUUGCUAAAAAUCUGUUUGAUAAAAUUGAAGUUCCGAAAAAUCUCCAAAUAUUCGUCAAAAACGGUUUUAAUAUCUAACAAAACAACGCAACGAAACGGCUACAAGUGCAAGAGUAUAAAAAGCAGGAAGAAGAUUUUAUCUCACCGUAAUAUCUCAAUAAAAUGACGUCAUCAGUUGAUCAGAAAGUCAGUAUUCUAUCUCUACUCCGUGCCUCAGCUAUAUUCGGUGCUAUAGAGUUCGUGUACAGUGCUGAAACAGCAUACUCUACCCCUCUCCUCGAGUCAGCUGGUAUUGAUGAGAAGUAUACUGCCCUCACCUGGUCUAUGAGUCCGGUUAUAGGGUUCGUGUUGCAGCCGAUAGUUGGUAUUUUAAGUGACAGAUGUAUGUGCAGAUGGGGGAGGAGGAAACCGUUCAUCCUCAUCCUUGCUCUCAUCAUCUUCACUGCUUCCUUCAUUUUACCUCUAAGCAGGGACAUUGGAACCAAUCUAGGUAACAUUUUCAAGUUUAGCCCCACAGUGAUCACAGGAGCAGUUACAGUAAUCAGUGUCAUCAUGUUGGACUUCUGUAACGACUCCAUUCACACCCCACUGCGAGCCUUCCUAGCUGACGCGUACCCUCGUACAGUGGAGGUACAGGAGCUGAGUAACACUCUCUACUCUAUUGUGGGAGGGUUCGGGGGCAUGUUCGGGUACAUUCUCUGUUCUAUUGACACGUCUUUUGUUGAGGAACCCAUCUCGAGACUCACAGGGUCGAAAGAAUACAACCAAGAGAAGGCAGUGUUUGGGGUGUGUAUCGUGGUUCUAAUCCUCGGCACCGUCAUUACCCUCACCUCCCGCAAAGAAAGGAACCCUAACUUGGAGGGGAGCGAAGAGGAACCGCUCAUCCAGAAACGUAGGGAGAUACUGAAAAUUAGUGAUGAUAACGAACCUGAGAUGAUCAUUAAAGCUCAUAGUUUACAAGAGGGAGACGAAAGUAGGAUAAGUUUGAGAACUUUGGUACUGAGUAUAGUGAAGAUCCCAGGAAAGAUAGCAGUGUUGAUGAUAAUGCAGCUUUUGACGAGUUCUAUCAUGUUUUGCUACUUCCUGUACUUCACUACAUUUGUUGCUAAAGUUGUUUACAACGCGAGCCCUGGAGAUAAACAUUUCACUGAUGGUGUGAGAUGGGGUUGUCUGGGGAUGACCUUGAUGUCUUUAACCUGCAUCACCUUCAGUUUCCUGCUACCCACCUUCAUCAAAAGGACCUCAAUCAAAGCGAUCUACUUCAUUAGCCACGUGGCAGCAUGUGCCGGGUUCGCUCUAAUGCCUUGGUUCGCCAACAAGACCACAGUCAUCCUAUUCAGCAUAUUUCCUGGAGUCCUGAACUCUGUCUACCUCGUCCUUCCCUUCAUCUUACUUUCGCAGAUCCACCAGAUUCCUGCUAUUAAAGCGGAGAGAGGCUAUGCUACUGAUGUGGCACUGUUGGUCAGCUCUACUUUUGCAAGUCAGGUACUACUGAACAUGUUCCUGGGGACGGUGAUAGAGAUAACGGGUAUAAACGUGGUAAUGUACACAGCAAGUGUAAUAGCGUGUGUGGGAGCCUUUGUCAGUCUCUACCUCCCUGUCAUGCCUAAACCUUCCAUUUACAAAACUGUGUCUGCUAUCUCAAUUGUUGGUUCCCUAAAAAGCGGAAGAGGAAACCUGCUAAUGUCCUCCACCACCUUUAACGAAGAUUGGGACGACAUUGAGGACAUGAGAUCUGAACCAGUCCGGUCAGAACCUGCCAGAUCACCCACUAAAGUGCGAUUUUCAACAAGAUCACUCCUGUAGCGUGAGGUAAUAGAAUGUAACGUGACGUCAAAGAACGUUAUGUGACGUCACCGAACGUGACGUCAUGAUGUGGGCACUAGAUAAGAGAUUAAACUCGAUCAAGAUGUGAAACUGAUGCAGCAAGGACCUAUUAAGAUGACACUUGAAAGGAUCAGGGAAAGAUAAAUUGACUCUGCAGUGUAGAAAAUCAACCUGUUUUUGAAUUAUGUGAACUCUAUUUUUUUUUUUAAUUUGACAAUUUGGACAACGUCUCAAUAUUUGUAUGAAAUUCUUAUUUUGCAUUCAAAUCAC